AUGCCUUCAGGUUCAACAGAACAGACAUUUCGGGAGAACCUCUCGCAAUUCCGCUGGGCGAGAGGGAACACUGACGAAGCGCAGCAGCAGGGCGGGGACGCAGCAGGCACAGGCACAGGCGCAAACCCAUUCUCCAGGUUCUACAACGCGAUAGGCGGCGGGUACAUCCCACUUCGCUCGAGCGAGAGGUCCAACGAGGAGGAGGCUUAUUUUGCGUUGUCACGAUGGGAGAGGUUGUUAGGAUUUGGAGGAUGCCUCCUGGGUGCUGCUGUAUGCUUCUUUGUAGCAUUCAUGACGCUACCUCUUCUGGCUGUACGACCAGCUAAGUUUGCGCUGGCGUUCAGCUUGGGGAGCUUACUUGUCAUGUUUGGAUUUUCGGUCCUCGUUGGGCCGAUAAAUCACAUCAAGCAUCUUGUAUCCAAGGAGAGACUGCCGUUCUCCUUUGCAUAUCUCGGCAGCCUCGGUCUCACACUGUAUUUCUCACUUGGAGCACAUUCAUACAUUGGCUCACUGAUAGGUGCCAUAAUCCAAGUUGUCGCACUCGUUUCAUACGUGCUCGCAUACUUUCCAGGCGGGGUGCAGACGCUUCGUUUUGGUUCUCAGAUUGCGAUGCGCGGCGCGGGCAGUCUGCUCCCCGUCUAG